AUGAUAAUUAUUUUGGCUCGCUCUUGUAAGUCAAAUGCCCUUGAAAAGAACUCGUUCUUAAACUACAACGUGUCGUGUAUCCUGACGCUGCCGCCAUACCAGAGACAAGGCUACGGCAGACUGCUCAUAGACUUCAGUUAUCUCCUAACGAAAGAAGAAGGCAAGGUUGGAUCUCCAGAAACACCACUAUCAGAUCUUGGUCUGAUCUCCUACCGUUCCUAUUGGAAGGAGGCUCUCCUCAAGAGAUUAUGCUCAGCUCCAGGUCCUACGCUGUGUAUCAGAGAUCUGAGUAAGGAUCUGGCUAUCGCGUCUUCGGAUAUUGUUUCCACGUUACAAGAACGUGGGCUCAUGAAGUACUGGAAGGGCAAGCAUAUUGUGCUAAAGAAACAGAAAGCGGUGCGAGGGCUAAACUAUCCGACAACAUCGCUAUAUCAGCGAUAUGUGACAAGAUAUCGCGGUCGCUCCAACAAGCCCUUCACCACAUCAGUGCAUCAAAAAUCGUGUUAA